CAGAGGGGAAACAGACUGGUCACACCAACAAGGGGUUCUGUUAAACACAGAGAGAGAAGAGAGGUGAGAGAGAGAGUCAUGGAACCUUUCAGAUUUUAAACUUCUUGUUUUUGCUGGAUCAAUGCUUUGCUCUUUUUACUCUGCAAACUAUUUUUUUUUUUAAACGUUACAGAACAACAACAUCAAUUGGACUACUAAACUACUAAAUAGGAUUUUGUCUAGCUGGAAUGGAUAUAUCUGAGUCUAGUUUAUUUUGUGAGGCCAGUUCUCUGCCAGGCCUGGAUGGAGCCGUUGGGCGUCCAUGGAUGUCUUCCCCCAGCCCGGGCUGUGAUCGUGGGCUAGGACCCUUCGACCAGACCCCCCUCUCUGAAGCACCUGGAGACUGUGGCCCCGCUGGGGGCCGUAAAGACACCAGGAUAGGAGCCCCGGCGAGUGGACCAUGGACAGGGGCAGGUAGCCCUGACUCGACCCACCCAGGAGCACCUUCCUUGGGUAGCGGAGACGGGCAGCCAGGGGGUGAAUUGAGGAUCCGUCGGCCCAUGAAUGCCUUCAUGGUCUGGGCCAAAGAUGAGAGAAAGCGACUGGCCGUUCAGAACCCAGACCUCCACAACGCUGUUCUCAGCAAGAUGCUGGGUCAGUCGUGGAAGGCCCUGUCUACUCUGGACAAGCGUCCCUUCGUUGAGGAGGCCGAGAGACUCCGCCUCCAGCACCUGACGGACCACCCCAACUACAAGUACCGCCCCCGCCGCAAGAAACAGGCCAAGAAGCUCAAACGGGUGGAACCGGGGCUACUGCUCCACAGCCUAGCCCAGGGAGGGGCAGGGGAGGGCUAUGGACACCCACGGGAUAGUUACGGACAUCCAGGCCACCAUCACCCCCACCACCACCUCUUGCCUCCUCUCGGACACUUUAGGGACCUUCACUCGGGGGACUUGGAGAGCUACGGCCUGCCCACGCCGGAGAUGUCCCCCCUGGAUGUGAUGGAGGAGGGAGGAGGGGACGGAGGGGUGUUCUUUCCCCCUCACAUGCAACAGGAAGACGCGGGCCUGCAUGGCGCUUGGAGUAACUACCAUCAUCAUCACCACCGUUAUAACAGCCACCAUCACCACAACCCUCACAGUAAUCACACCCACUCUCUUAGCCAGAGUCAGGGUCAUAGCCAAAGCGGCUCCUUGCUCUGUCGUCCUCCCCAGGAAAAGUGCCUCAGCCGAGCUCCAGAGCCUACGAACUCUCCCAGUCCCUACUCUAACCUCCAGGGCUCCUCUAUAAGCCAGUCUGAGCCAAUCAAACCCCACCUUCCCAUCCCUAGUUCCGCUGUGUCCUCUGGUUACUAUAGUUACCUGUACAGUAGCACUGGCCCAGACACACCCCGGUCACCCCACUUCACCUCCCACCUGGGGCAGCUCUCUCCCCCACCUGAGUCCUCUUCCCUGGCCCCUACAUCCAACCCCGUAGUCCCCCUGUCCCUGGACUCUAUACGGUACCAGGCCGGCCAUGGUCCCUUGGGCCCUACGUCAGCAGAGUUCUGGACAGAAGUGGAUCGCUAUGAGUUUGACCAGUACCUCAGUGCCAGCCGGACCCGAACGGAAGAGCACAUGGGUACUCUUGUCCCUGUUUCUAAAUCUAUGGAAGGUUACGGGGGCGGGGCUACACCCUUCUCCAAACCCCUGGGGAGAAGCCCUGGUGCAUAUGAGGAGAGCCAGAGCGGUCCUCUCAUCUCACUUCUGUCUGAUGCUAGCAGUGCUGUCUAUUAUAGUACCUGUAUUACUGGCUAGGACCACCUUGUGUAGUGUUCAGCUGUGUGUGCUGUAGUCUGCAAUAGUCCAGUACAGCCUAUCGGACCUGUAGCUCAACAGUAUGUUAAAAAAAAUAAGUUCAAUACUUGAGUGGCACUUGAUGUAGCUUGCACUAUGGAAUAGCUCACAGACGUGCAAAACACUAAACUUAGGCAAGCACACCUCAACAUUGAAAGCAUUGGGCCAAAUGUAUUUUACCCAGGUCUGCAGUUUACCCCUGAGGACUUUCAGGGUAAGAUUACAGCAAUGCUUUAUAGUCUGCAACAGUCUACUGCAGACCACUAAAGACUACUGAGCUCUUCUACUUCCUGUCCAGACAGGCAGAACAUUUAUAAUGAUAAAACUGUUCCUUUUUUAUUAUAGCCAUUUAUAUGCACUUCCUGUUUCCUGUUGUUUGUUUUAUUUGUGUUGUAUUGUUUGCACUGGGUCAGAAACGUGUGCAUAGGAAAACCACUAUGGUAUAAAACUUUGGGUAACACUUUACUUGGAUAGUCCAUCUGUAGAUGCUCUACAGACUAUCUACAGACUGUCAGUUACAUUUCAACUAAGUAUCUACUAACCCUAACCUUAACCCUUAUCCUAACCCUAACCUUAACCCUUAUCCUAACCCUAACCU